UCCAAACUGCUGUUAUAUACUCUUUUUCUCUCUUCUCUUCCCUUCGUCAUUUCGUACCAUCCACCCUCAUCUUCAUCUUCUUCUUCUUCUUCUCCUUUUCUCCAAUUCUUCAAUUAACAAACCAAUUCCUCUAUUCAACCUUCAACCACCUCAACCCUACCACUACCAAAUUCAUUUAUGGAUUCAACUCAUUCAAACACCUUUCAAGAAUCCAAUCACAAAAAACGCCGCAAAAUCGGAGACCUAACAACCGAUCAAAAUUCCCUAAAUCUCAUGCCAUGGAGAUCCGAAUCAGACCAAAACACCUACUCAAAAAAACUCAUCGAAGCACUCCGCCGAAUAAAUUCACCUGAAACAACAACAACAACCAAACCUAGAGUCGCCGGUCAAGUCCGCGAAACCGCCGAUCGAGUUCUCGCUUCAACUGCCAAAGGAAGAACACGCUGGAGCCGCGCGAUUCUCGGAAAGUGGAAGAAGCUUCGUAGACAUCACAGGAAAGUGAAGAAAGCGAAAGCUGGUAGUGGAUUGAAUAGAGCAGGGAUUGAAAAAGAGAGGUUGAGACGGUUACCGGCUGUGCAGAAGAAAACGCGCGUUUUAGGACGGUUAGUUCCUGGUUGCCGGAAAGUUCCUUUACCGAAUCUUCUAGAAGAAGCUACUGAUUAUAUUUCUGCUUUGGAGAUGCAAGUGCGUGCUAUGACAGCUCUCGCUGACCUUCUCGCCGGUGGUACGUCGGCGGGAAUCGCCGGUCAGGUGUUGAGUUGACCCGCGCGCUUUGGUUACAGCCUAGGCUAUAUUGCGCCAGGUGUUACUUCAUUUUUUUUUCUUUCUUAUAUUGUUUUCUUUUCUUUCUUUUUUUAUUUGUUUUUUCACUUUUAUUCAUGUAUUUUAUUAUCGUGUACAUUGUACAUGCCAUUUGAUUAUUCCUCCUUUUAAGUUCCACUAUCUAACCCUUUUCUUCUA